UCAGUCUCAGGGCUUUUUAAAAAAGAGCCAGAAGCUUCAAUGUUGCAUGCCGUGCUAUGACAACGUCACUACUCCUCCGUCCGCGCUGGGUCGACCCCUCGGUUAUGUUCCUCUACGACAACGGUGGCGGUUCCGAUGAAGUGAACAAGAACAUGGAGGGUUUUGCUGGUGGCAACUUUGCAGCGAACCAGUGUAGGAAUCUUAUGGCACACCCCGCGUCCCUGGCACCCAGCACGGCUUAUACGUCCAGCGAAUUGCCCUCCUCCGGUAUGAGCGAGCCAGUGAAACAGUGUAGCCCUUGCUCUGCAGCUCAGAAUUCCUCCAGCGCGUCCUUGCCUUAUGGGUACUUCGGUAGCGGUUAUUAUCCGUGCAGAAUGUCGCAUCACAGCAGCAUAAAAUCCUGUGGAACACAGCCCCCCUCCGCAUAUGGAGAGAAAUACAUGGAUACCUCCGCCUCGGGCGAAGACUUCACCUCUCGGGCAAAGGAAUUCGCUUUUUAUCCGACCUACACUUCGGGUCCAUACCAACCUGUCCCCAGCUACCUGGACGUUCCCGUUGUGCCAACGAUCAGCGCGCCUUCAGAGGCCAGGCACGAGACCCUGUUGCCUAUGGAGAGCUACCAACCGUGGACUCUCGCAGCCAACGGCUGGAACGGCCAGGUUUACUGCGCCAAGGAGCAGCCUCAGCCUGGACACAUGUGGAAAUCAUCCAUGCCAGACGCAGUAUCCCAUUCCGGAGGAGAGUCUGGUUCUUAUCGACGUGGAAGAAAGAAGCGCGUGCCAUACACCAAGGUGCAACUGAAGGAACUUGAGCGCGAGUACGGCGCCAAUAAAUUUAUCACGAAGGACAAAAGGAGGAGGAUAUCUGCCCAGACCAACCUGUCCGAGAGACAGGUCACGAUAUGGUUUCAAAACAGACGCGUAAAGGAGAAGAAGGUGGUCAACAAAUUGAAACCCAUCAGCUAGUUUUUUUCUUUCUUUCUACGGACAAUAUCUGGUGGAGAUAAACUACCACACACACACACACACACACACACACACACACACACACACACACACACACACACACACACACACACACACACACACACACACACACACACACACACACGCUCGCUCGCUCCCAACACACACGCUUGGACUCGUGGAUUGGAACAACUGAACUCUUUCCUGACUGAAUUAUGAUGUGUUCGUAUGUUGGCAAAUAUUUUCAUGGAGCUCUUGGAUCAAAAUUUGAGGCCUGUGAAUGAUGGACCCUCCAUUUUCUGUCACUUGUUUAGAAAUAUUGUUAAUGGAGUCAAGUGGAGAAAAUAUUUAGCAGCAGUAGCCAAUUUGUGAUUUUUAUUAUUUUGUUUGGCAUGCUCACUCUCAACACAGGAAUCUGGCCCCAGUUCAGAAAGGUGUGCGCCACCGAGCUACACCUUUAUCUGCAACUUUAACGAGAGUUAUAAAAAGAUAUGCGAAGAUUAACAGAAAGACGGAGUUACAGAUUUGGACCUUGGGAAUGUUAAAUAUUAAUCUCUCUCCUUGCUUCCUUUUUUGUUUAAAACCUACUCACAUGCUUAGCUUGUAUGAAGUUUAGUCUUAUCAUAUGAACCCGUGCUCUCAUUCAUAUACAAUCCAUGGUGCAAUUCUUAUUAUAAUGCUUAGAUAAUCGUUUGGGAUAUGUGUUCAUAUGAAUCAUAGCUUUGUAUGAUGUGUGCGUAUUCAUGUGGUUGUAUAUAAAGUAAAUUUCGGCAUGAUAUUCAGAUUAUUUGUGUGUGAGUCCAGUGUUGUUUAAGUCCGUCCCAAUAAAAUAUGGACUUUGUUGAAUUUGA